AAUAGUGUAUGUACAUUGAGAGUGGAGUGGAAACCGGAGCAUACAUGGCCAAUAAAGCUGAUUGUGAUUCUUAACUCAGUUCAAAGCAUCCCUCUGAAGUUCAGAUGUUAUAAUUGAACUUUACGGGCACCUCCUUAGCUAAGGGAUGAAUCGCAUAGCAUGAACAACAGCGUCGCUGGUUUGAGUCCGGGCCAGGGAACUUAGUUUUUCUUUGUCAUCUCUCUGCAGUCUGUUUAUAAAGGCACUAAAAGCACCAACAAAAUGAUAUUCACUGCCCUUAACUGCACACCUUAGCUCCCUUUGUCAUUCUGAGGAUGAAUAUACAUUUGACAUUAUCAUCUUUUAAUGUGUUUCUGUGUGUGUGUUUGCGUUUGUCGUCUUUAAAAAUCAGCUCUUAGGAGCUCACCACCACCAGUAAAGCUGUAUAAGCACCGGGUUGACGGGGCCGAAGGAAGUGGCGCGGCGUAUGGGGAGCUGCCUGCUGAAAUCGCAAUGAGUUACAAACCCAUUGCUCCUGCGCCCUCCGGCUCCAACCACACACCUCCAGGCUCCUCUGUGCCCUCUCCAUCCCUGCCCUCGUCAUCAAACUUCAGGCCGGCUUUUAGUGACUUUGGCCCACCUUCCAUGGGCUUUGUUCAGCCUGUCAAAGUGUCUCAAGGAUCCACCUACAGUGAGCUUCUGUCUGUCAUUGAGGAGAUGAGCCGUGAGAUCCGGCCUACAUAUGCUGGGAGUAAGAGUGCUAUGGAGAGGCUAAAGAGAGGUAUAAUCCAUGCCCGUGCACUUGUCAGGGAGUGUCUUGCAGAGACGGAGAGAAGCGCCCGCACAUAACCUUUUCAGAAGCUCCCCUCACUCCUCCCUGAUAAAAAACUGUCCUCAUCGAGAUCCCCAUCGUCUGUUUUACAGCCAUAGCUUUUCACUUUUUCCUCGACAGCUUUUUAUAGGUGCAUUAUGUCCUCCUUGUCUCCACUGUUCCCUGCAUUCCACCACACCAUUUUGCUCAUCACAAACUUUCUGUUUAUGCAGAAUGCAGUUUUGUAUCCAUUUUGAAAUUAGUGUGGUGACUUUCUACGCAUUUUAAAGUUAAGCUGUGGGUGAAAACCUUACUCAAAUGGAUGGGAAAAUAUUAUUUUGACCAUGAAAGUUGGGGUUUUUCAAUGAUGAAAUCAAUAUUCCAGCUGCACCAUCGUUCAAGUUUUUUUUUUUUUUGAUUAUCACUCUGCAACCACUGAAUAUUUUUUUGUUAAUAUGGACAUUUUGAAUAUACCCCAUUUCUAUCCAUACUUGCUUUUUCAUAUUUUGUAAUGUAAACACACAUUACAUGUUUCUCAAUCCCAAAAAACACUGUACAUCUCAAGUCAAUUUGUUAGUAAUGGAAAUUUUGUAAACCGGAUUUUUGCAGUUAUGUAUGUAUAUCUUAAUUAAAUAACAGAAAAAAACAA